CUUGCAAGCUCCGUUUAGUUUAUAGUUAUUUAUUAAUUCGAAAAUCUUGGCUGUGUCUUAAUUUGUAUAUAUUAGCAAUUGUUCAAAGUUUGUAGAUUUAAAACAGUGUCGUUAAAAACAAUGAAAUCUUCUUCGAUUAGUAUGUGCCUGGCAUUCUUGCUUACGGCGUUCGUUCCAACCACCCUAGAAGCAGAAGUUGAUUGUUCGGAUCUAAGGAUGGGACAGUAUCUGUGUCCGGAUCCAAGCACCCGGCACAUCGAUCCUAAAACACAACAAUUAAAAGGCUGCACCAAGGAGAACAAAGCACGGGUAUGGUGCAUUGCGGUGGAGGGCAUCGUGUGCAGUGAAACUAAAAAUUCUAGCUUCACCCGCGAGAUGCCUUGUAAAUGGACCAAUGGAUACCACUUUGACACGGCUUUGCUACUCUCGGUGUUUCUCGGCAUGUUCGGAGCAGACCGGUUCUAUCUGGGUUAUCCGGCUAUUGGCCUGCUCAAGUUUUGCACGCUUGGUUUCAUGUUUCUCGGCCAGCUGGUUGAUGUAAUACUGAUAGCAACGCAGAUGGUUGGACCUGCGGAUGGCUCGGCUUACGUAAUUCCAUACUAUGGCCCGGGAAUUACGGUUGUACGGAGCGAUAAUUGGACCUAUCGGUUACCGCAGGAUAAUUGGUGAUUAAGCUUGUCAACGCUUGCAACGGAAGCAACAUUAGGAAUCAAAUUGUUGUGUAAUGGUGCGUGAGAGAGUCUACUAUUGGCUGUACCAAUAAAGGAGGCAACUGGUUUAUCAUUUACUGUUUGCCGGU